AUGGAUCUCGAAGUCGAUGAUGAUCUUCGUUCAUUAUCCGAUCGUAUUUUACCCGUAACGUCUGCAUCUUAUAUAAAUAACACAUCUUCUCGUAAUAAUAAUAACAAUAAUAACAAUAAUAAUAAUUAUAAUAAUCAUCAUAGUCGUACGCGUUUAUCAAAACCACAAAAAAGUAUUUCACAUGAUAAUCAAUUAUAUCCAGAAGGAACAUCGUUACCAGUGCGAGCCAACACAGGUGAUAUUAUGCAAAUGAGUGAUGGCACAAGAAAAAAAUAUAAUGGUUCAUCAUGGCGUCGUAUGUGUUCAAAACUAAAUUGUAGUUACUACACUCAAAGUCAAGGUUUAUGCAAACCACAUUUAGCCGCAUUAAAAAAACGUAAAAUAUCAAAAAAUGAUAGUGAAUUAUCAGUAACACAGCCAGUCUCAUCCGAACAAGAACAGCCAAAAAAAGGUGAUAUUAUUGUUUUGCCGAAUGGUAUUAGAAAAAAAUACGAUGGUCGACAGUAUCGACGUGUUUGUAGUAACUCAAAUUGCACUUUAGUCGCACCUGGAAGUCUUGAAUAUCAAAAUGGUUUAUGUCCACAACAUUAUCAAGAAUUUCGCGGAAAAGCUAACAGUCCAUCAGUACUUUAUCCUGAAUCUGAACAGCAAAUUUUACCCGAACCUCCAAGUUCAUUAGUACAGUCUAUAAAUUCAUCUCCAUCUCCAUCUCGCAAACGUCGUCGUCUAAAAUCUCCGUCAUCUGGUGGUAAUCAUUUACAAUCAUUCGUAUACGAUGGAAUGAAUAAAAAUUCUAUACCGAAACCUAAUCGUCGUCUAUCAAUAGCUGUUAUUCCAGCAACAGUCGAUAUUAAUCAUCCGAAUAAAGGUGAUAUUAUUGAAAUGGAAAAUGGUUCAAGAAAAAAAUUCGAUGGUGUAGUUUGGCGUACGAUUUGUUCCAUACCGGGAUGUUUAAUUGCUGCGCAACGAAAUGAAUUAUGUCGAAAACAUUUUAUUAAACUCAAUGGAAAACCAAAUACAGCACCUACGAUGGCUAUGAAUAUGAUGUCAUCAACUUCAAUGAGUAUUCCAAGAGUAGACAGUACUUCAUCGAUAGAUGAUAAAAUAGAAUUUGAUGAUCCACAAAAGAAAGAUACAAUUUCAAAUUUAAAAGAACAAUCAAUAGAUUACGAUGACAAUCAACACGACGAAACUAAUAUUGAUAGUACAUCGCAAAGCUACACUGCAUCAGACGAUGAAACAAAUAUUAAAAACGAAGAAUCUUCGUCCAACGAUGAAGAUAAUUUAGGUGUACAGAUCGAUCAUAUAUUAAUCAAUGCACUUUCAGCUAGUCGAGAAAAGUUUCCUACAACUUAUUUGAAAAAAUGGCUUCGAGAACAUCGUAGUCAUCCAUAUCCGAGUAAUCAAGAAAAAUCAGACCUAGCUAAGCAAUCAUCAAUAACAUAUGAUCAAGUAACAACAUGGUUUAAUAAUGCACGUGCUAUACUUCGACGUCGACAAGCUAAAUUACAAACUACAUUCGAUACAACGAAUGGUGAUGAUAAUGAAGAGGAACAUAUAGCUUAUGACAAUAAAAAACGCUCCGAAUCGUUAAGAGGACCUCGAACGUUACCAUUAUUUAAUGGUAUAUGUUGCCGUUCCAUCGGUGUGCAAUGUAAUCCUUCGACCGUUGAUCAAACAACAAUAACAUCAACAAAAGUAUCGGUUAUGACCGAUGAUGAACUGACAUCGGAUCGUACGAUAAGAAUUUUAACGCCAUCAAGUCGAGUAUUAACAACGAAUUAUCUUAAACGAAAUGGUAGUCAUGAAUUUCUAUUAAAUGGAAUUAAAAUUGAAGACGAAAAUGAUGGAGAUAAACAAAUUGUUGUUACCAGUACUUGUCUUGAUGACGAUCAAAUGGGUCGUUUGAAAGAUUUUUGUUCAAAAUUUCAAAUCGAAUUAUCGAAUGCUGUUGACGAACAUUCGACACAUUUAGUAACAGAUGAAGAAGACGAAACACUUGUAUGUCCAUUAUCGAAAAAAGUGAUUCAAGCUGUUGCGCGCCAUAUGUACAUUGUAACAUAUCGUUGGAUUGAUGCAUGUUUAAAAGCCAACCGAAUACUAAAUGAAAAACCAUUCGAAAUCCAAGGAGAUUUAACACUUUCAUCUGAUCAUAAUGGUAUGCAACGAAGUCGUCAAAGUAUUUUACCAGAUAAUUUACCCAAGAAUUUAUUAUUGGAAAAUUUUUCUAUUAUGUUAAAAUGCAAUGGUUGCCAAGAAAUGAUGAAUAAUGAUGAAUUAAUUGAACUAGUUCAAUUGUCUGGUGCUAAACAUACAACUGAUUCACAUUUUGCACGUAUACAAACAGGUAUAACACGGAUUGUUCUUUGUGAAAAAGAAUAUUUAAUUAAUCGACGUGAAAUGUAUGAAAAAUGUAUUCAUGCUGGCAUUCAUUUUCUUACUCCGGAAUGGUUUCUCGAAUCACUUGUUCAGUAUCGUAUUCAACCAUUUCAAGAAUAUCAAAUAACACCUUAA